CUGCUGCACUCGCUCAACUAUAUCAUAUCAGUGGUAUAUGUUUGCACUCCCCAAAUUGCAAGCAUUGAAGAGUACUACUGUCUAUAGCUGAGGUCCACAAACUGGCCCUCACGGCUCCAAUGGCGUCGACCUGGGCGGCAUCAGAACCGCUCAGACAUCCCUGGUUCACAACACCCUCGCUCAAACGCAAGCACUCGGACUCCUCAGACGAUGAUGGAGCGCGUGACCUCCUGUUAGACAGCGACCAGGAUACAGCCCCUACUUUCUACCCGACACCGCCGCCCGAGAGCACGGGUCUCCAGGACAGCACAACUGAUGGUGAACUCAACAACGAGCGGAAGCGCCGAAGGUGCGAUACCAUUGAACGGCGUAUGGCGCGUAUGUACAUCGACACUCGCACCGGAGAGAUGAUGCCAAUGAACGACUCUGAAAUCGUUGAGUGUGACCAGGCAUUACGUGCUCCGCAAUUGUCUUCAGUGCAGUCCACCGCAUCCAACCUGUCGUAUGCGUAUACGGCUGGAAGCACCAGCCCGGUGUCGCAAAAUUCCAUUCUUCCUCAGUAUGCGGUUGAGGAACCUGCUUCUCCCGAGUUUCGAUCGGACGCGAUGUUCGGACGGUCUUCAAGUCAGCAUACUAAUGACGAGCCUACUAUUACCGAAGUACGUAUGAAGGGUGCAGAGCCAGCGUGGUACGAGCGCGAGAAAGAUCGAAUAGUAAUUACGGACCUCGACGAAGCAGCAGCGGAAGGGGAGGAACAAAAGGACUUGGUAGACGAAUACAAAUCCGAAGCAGAGCCUCACCCUAAUGCAUCAGACUGGGCAGACUCAAAUGCAGACUUCAGCAUUUCCUCGGUACUUCUCGACCACAUCAAGCGUCAGUCGAAUUUUCCAUACACCCCGAAAUCUCAGAGGAAGGAAACCGACGGUGCGCUGGUGCUUUUCAAGCCCCCUCCUACUUCGUUCUUCAAGGGUCCAAACGCAGACGAGAAGGUUGAAGAAGGAAACACACCGAAGCAGGAAAGCGGAGUACAGGUAGAGGAGAUAGAUGCGGACGAGGCACGUCAAUUCGCAUCUUUUGGACAUUUUACCACUGGGAUUGUGAGCAUGGAUCAGGAGGAAGGUGACACGGGUGAAUCCAUGGACAUGGACGUGGAUAUGGAGCUGUGAUCUCCCCAUUAAUCAAAAGUAUAUAUUUUCCCGUUUCGUUCGUCUAGUUUUUGUUAUAUUUGCUGUUAUUUAGAGCUUUGUUGCAUUGUAUCCGCUUUCCG